AUGGCUAAAACCAAAGUGGUAGCCCUUGCAUUCAUCGUUUUACUCGGCGUUGGUCUCUCCUUUGCUUCCAGAUUCUAUGCUAGUGGUGGGGGUGGGGGUGGCACUGGCAUUGGCUCUGGCUCUAGAUCUAGUUCCGGGUAUGGAGGGGCUGGGGCACAAGGGGUAGGAUAUGGAAGAUGGGCUAGGGCACAAGGGGUAGGAUAUGGAAGUGGUGGUGAAGGUGGAGGUGGGUCCAGACAUGGAUCCGGAUCAAGUAGUGGUUUUGGUUAUGGUUCUGGGAGUGGAAAUGGUUCAGGGUUAUAUACACCUAGUGGUUAUGGAAGUGGAAGUGGAAGUGGUGGAGGAAAAGGCUUUGGGUGUGGAUCCAUAAAUGGUAGUGGUUAUGGUUCCAGCUAUGGCUCUGGAAGUGAGGGUGGAUGUGGUGUAGGGAGAGUUGCAAGCGGAAGUGGUGGGGUGGAGGUGGCGGAGGUGGAUUUGGAUAUGGAUCUGGGAUAG